AGGUCAUUAUAGUUUUUUAGCAUAUUAAGAAAGUAAAUAUAAGAAUGGAUCCGGUUUCAUUGCAUAUUUUAGCAUCAAAGGUUGAUUUAAUAAAUGGGAUUAGAAAAAAAGGAAAAAAGAUUAUAGAAUAUUCAGGAAUGUCUUUAAAACGGUCAUGUAGUUUUUUGAAUGAUAUUUUUUUUCAUGGGAAAGGUUUUAAAAACAAGAAAAGUGGAUCAUCAUUAUUAUUUAAAAACAAUAAAGAUUCAGAAAAAAAUAGUAAAAAAUGUCAGUUAUCAUCGCAAAAAAUGCAAGGAUUCCUUACGAAAACAUCAACUCAAUUGAAAAAACAGAAUUCUUUACGAUCACCUUUUUUAAAAUAUAUUAAAGUAAAGACCAAUUACAAAUCUAAACAUAACUAUUAUAAACUCUUUCUUGCACAAGAACUUUAUAAUCCUUCACUUAAAAAUAUGUCAUUGAAGGAAUCUUUAUCUUUUUCUGAAUUUGGUUCUGAGGUUCCUAUGAGAAUUCCAUCUCACAAACCUGGUGCUAUUUGGGUUAUGAAAUUUAGUAAGGAUGGAAAAUAUUUAGCUACUGGUGGGCAAGAUAUGAUUUUAAGAGUUUGGAUGGUUAUAGGUGCAAAUGGUACUUUAGAUAAUAAGAAGAAAAAUCAAAAGCCAAAAACAAUUUCUAUUGAUGAAGAUUAUUCAGCUUAUAAAGAAUUGCCAGCACCUGUUUUUUUUCCGGAUCCAGUGCAUGAAUAUGUGGGUCAUAAAUUGGACGUUCUAGAUCUAAGUUGGAGCAAAAACAAUUUCCUUUUAUCAUCAUCAAUGGAUAAAACUGUUCGACUUUGGCAUGUUUCUCGAAAAGAAUGUCUUUGUUGUUUUGAGCAUAACGAUUUUGUAACAUCAAUUGCUUUUCAUCCUUUAGAUGAUAGAUAUUUUCUUUCUGGGUCUUUAGAUUGCAAGUUGCGUUUUUGGAAUAUUAAAGAGAAAAAUAUACUUUUUUGGAAUGAACUUCCAGAAUUGAUCACUGCUGUUGCAUUUUCACCUGAUGGGCGUAUGGCUAUAGCAGGAAGUUUUAAUGGAUUAUGCAUGUUUUAUGAAACAAAAGGUUUACGAUAUCAUACUCAAAUUCAUAUCAAAAGUUCUAGGGGAAAGAAUUCUAAAGGAAGUAAAAUUACUGGAAUUGAGACAGUCAGUAAUGUGCCAAAUAAUACUGACGAUAUCAAAUUAUUAAUUACUAGCAAUGAUUCUCGAAUUCGAAUUUAUAAUAUGCGUGAUAAAAGUUUAGAGUUUAAACUUAAGGGUAAUCAAAAUACAUGUAGUCAAAUUCGUGCUACAUUUAGUGAUGACGCUAAACAUGUUAUAUGUGGAAGUGAAGAUAAACAAGUAUAUAUAUGGAAAUUGGAUAAUGACUCUAUUAUAAAAAAAAAUGAACAAAGUUUACAGCAUUUUGAAGUUGAUUCUAACAUUAUAACUGUCGCAAUAUUUGCACCUAUAAAAAGUAAAGAUUUAUUGAUUGCAUCUGGUGAUCCUAUUUAUAGUUCUUGUAUGAAUUUUAGACAGACUUCUAAUAAUUACAAUAACAAUAUAUCUAUUGUAUCAAACUGUCAAUUCGAAAAUUUCUUUAUAAAUAAACCUAUUAGUGAGAAAUUGGGGAGCUUAAACGAAAAUUCUGAACAUGAACAUGGAGAUAUUGUUAUAUGUGCUGAUUAUAGUGGGAAAAUAAAAAUAUUUAGAUAUGAUUGUGCGCCUGUAUAUCGAGAAAUGGAUGCAAUAAGUGAAAAGUCUAUAAAAAAAUAUAAAUUGCUUAGUUUAUUUAAAAAAAACUCUACACAAUUUUCAAAUUAAAUAUUGAUAUUCUUGGGUAUUAUCGCUAUUACUAAUUGGUUUAAUC